CCUCCUCCUCCUCUUCCUCCUCCUUUCUCCUGAUCCUGCAUUUACUUUCCUUUUUUCACCAAUCCAACUUCCAAAACCCUAAUUUUCUCUCUCUCCUGAAUCCCUACUUUUUCUUCCUCUCUCUCUCUCCCUGCAUGAACUUCUCAUCUCCUCUUCUGGUCAUCUUGGUUGAUUUCAAUGACUCCUUUUUUACCCCUCUUAGGCACGCAGAAACACACUAAAAACACAGUUGAAUUUCGACUACUGAAGCUUAGCCCAAUAGCCCUUGCUUAAAAAACACUUCUUUUCCUAAAAGGGUUUGUCCAAAAUCACUUCUUGGCACCAAGGAACUCAACUUUUCUUGCUUUUUUUCCCGCAUUUAUUUUUCCGGGUUCUAUUCUUUACCCCCAGAUUUUGAUGGGCUCUUGACGUUUAUGGAAAUGACUUGACUACUGUUUCAGUGCUGUCAGCUUACCUGCAUUGUGAGGAGUGGACUGAAGUUGAGAAUUUUGUGAUUACAAUGUCGGAUGACAUGCUUAUGCAAUUUUCCUCCAACUCUUCCAAUCAAUCCGAUCAAUCUUUGCCCACUAAAAUUGCGAAGCUCGAGGCGCGAAUGGUGGGCAAAGCAUCCUCUGCAACUGCAGCCGUCGCACAUUCACAGCAGGCAGCCUCGUGGUCUGUUGCCACCAAAUUCCCCGAGCCUCCUGAGAGCUUGCCUAAUGAGCAUCUGUCAAGUGAUUCGGAUGACAACGAUAAUGGAGGGGAAUUUCUGAUUCAAGCUAACACUCAGAAGCGGCGUAAAUUGGACGAGGAUAACAGUGGCAUGGUUUUUGAACAUGUUGAGGGACAUACAUCUCAGUCUGUGGCUGAGCCAAGACAGAAGGUUGUUGAGACCGUGGACACAAAUAAGGUGGCUUCAGACACAAAUAGGAAAAAACAAAGCCGUGGCAGGGGAUAUUCUGCCUCGGCUAGAGGGCGUGGUUCACGAGGUAAUGAUCAAACCAAAAUUCAAACGGUUUCUCCACCAAAUGGACAGCUUGAAAAGGAUGGGUGGCCCAAAGAGCAACUUCGACGUGACGAUUUAAGUUUAUUGGAGGAGGAGAACACAACAUUACGCGAGAAGGUUGGAAAUUUGGAGGAGGCAUUACGGAAAUCUCAACAUUUAACUCAAGAGCUAGAGAAGGAGUUGAAGGAUAUCAAGGAUAUUGAGCAGCAGAUGAAGCCAAAGAGAUUAAAAACAUUAUCUGAUUUGUUGAUAUCUGUUUCAAAAGCUGAGAGACAAGAAGCAAGGAUGAAAGUACGCCAGGAUUCUUUGAGACUUGGCAAUGUUGGAGUAAUCAGAGCUGGAACUCUCAUUUCUGAGACAUGGGAGGAUGGGCCAGCAUUGAAGGAUCUCAAUGUCCAGCUUAGAAACUUAUUGGAGAUGAAAGAAGCAAUUGAACGGCAGAGGAAAUCACUGAAGAAAAAGCAGCCAGAUAAAGUUGAUGGAACUGAUUCAGAAGCUGGAGUCCAGGAAGAUGAUUCUCUCAUUCAAGAUGAAAUCUAUAAAUCUCGUUUAGCUUGCAUCAAACGUGAGGAAGAAACAAUUAUGCGUGAAAGAGAUCGCUAUGAGUUGGAUAAAGCAAGGCUUAUAAGGGAAAUGAAACGAAUAAGAGAUGAGGAUGGCUCUCGCUUCAACAAUUUUCAGAUUUUGAACCACCGCUAUGCCCUCUUAAACCUUCUUGGCAAAGGAGGAUUUAGUGAGGUCUAUAAGGCUUUUGACUUAGUUGAGCAUAGAUAUGUUGCAUGUAAGCUUCAUGGUUUGAAUGCUCAGUGGAGUGAAGAGAAGAAGCAAAGUUAUGUACGACAUGCUAUCAGGGAGUACAAUAUUCAUAAAAGCUUGGUACAUAAUCACAUUGUGCGUCUGUGGGACAUUUUUGAGAUAGACCAAAACACAUUCUGCACUGUCUUGGAAUACUGCAGUGGCAAGGAUCUUGAUGCAGUCCUCAAAGCAACGCCUGUUUUGCCAGAAAGAGAAGCGAGAAUCAUAAUUGUUCAGAUAUUUCGAGGCCUUGUUUACCUGAAUAAAAGAGCACAAAAGAUUAUACAUUAUGAUCUGAAGCCAGGAAAUGUUCUAUUUGAUGAAUUUGGCACUGCUAAAGUGACUGAUUUUGGUCUUAGCAAAAUAGUGGAGGAUGAUGUUGGGUCCCAGGGGAUGGAGCUUACCUCCCAGGGAGCUGGGACAUAUUGGUAUCUACCUCCCGAAUGCUUUGAGCUUAACAAGACACCCCUUAUAUCCUCAAAGGUGGAUGUUUGGUCAGCUGGGAUUCUUCUGUACCAAAUGCUAUUUGGCAAACGGCCUUUUGGUCAUGACCAAACCCAAGAACGAAUUUUACGCGAAGAUACCAUCAUUAAAGCCCGCAAGGUGGAUUUUCCUUCAAGGCCAGCUGUGUCGAACGAGGCAAAGGAUUUUAUUCGUCGUUGUCUUACAUAUAAUCAGGCAGAGAGGCCAGAUGUUUUAAGCAUUGCUCAGGAUCCAUAUUUGACAUACACAAAGAAAAAUCAUAACAGUACAUAGUGCCAACUCAUGUUAUAGAGAAAGCAUUCCCUAAUUUUGAGGUGAGGAAAUAAUCCCUCAAUUCUACAGGAAAUUUGUAUAGUUGUAAAGGUUUUGUAAUUAUUGUCCCUGUUGUUCUUCCCUUGAGUUGGGGUUUCAUUUCCUCUUUCCCUUAGCCCUUUAAAGGAUUCAUAGACCUUUCUGGUAUGUCGUUACUAGUGAACAUCUUUUUUGUCUUGGUCAAGGGAUGGAGAUUGAGGAAGAAAGGAAAGGAAAUAUAGUUUUUGGAUGCUCUGGUUUCUUGACUAA